GUUGCCGAGCUACCAACUCUCGGCCCCGUCCAUCUUUGACACGAGCGAUCUGGUGUUUCCGGCAACCACGAGCAUUUUACCCCGAUAUUCUGGUUCUCUACCCCCCCUUCCUAGCGCAGGUCAGGACAAUGUCCGACGAAACCGCCAAGCAGCACCCCUCGAGCCCGCCGCCGGCUGCUGCUGACCCGCCACCGGCGCCGGGGACUCCCUCCAGCCCUGCGGGGCUGCCGACCCCAGCCAGCCCUGGCACUCCCGCCGCCGGCACCGCCACGGCAGCGGCCGCCGCUGCCGCCGCCAGUCCCGUCAACACUCCUCCGCCCGCGGUCCAGACGCCGCCGCCUCAGGUCCAUCCCGGAACCGCCGCGCUGGAGGCAGACACCGUCGACGAUGAUGACGACGGCGACUCGGCGCUCGACGUCAACUCGGUCGGCGGUGACAGUGCUUCGCUCGCAUCCAGCAUCCUAAAGUAUCGUGUCGAGAACGGGCGAACAUACCACGCCUUCAAAGCUGGCGCAUAUGUACUUCCGAACGACGAGAUUGAAAACGAGCGUCUUGAUCUCCAACACGCCAUGUGCGUGCUGACGAUCGACAACCAACUUUACACUUGCCCGGCGGGCAAGCACGGACACACGAUCCACCGGGCCCUAGACGUCGGAUGCGGCACCGGGAUCUGGACCAUGGACUUUGCCGACGAACACCCUGAAACACAGGUGAUAGGAGUCGACCUGAGUCCGAUCCAGCCAUCCUUUGUGCCCCCGAAUGUCACCUUCUAUGUUGAUGACAUCGAGGCCGAGUGGACCUACAACGACCCCUUUGACUUUGUGCACCUGCGCAUGAUGGCGGCGUCGAUCCGGGACUGGCCCGGGCUGUUUGGCCAAAUCUACCAGAACCUCGCGCCGGGCGGCUGGGUCGAGCUCCACGACCCCAUAUACCCCAUGUACUCGGACGACGGCACCUUGACGGAGGACCUGGCCGUGUACAAAUGGAGCAAAUUCAUGGCCGAGGCGGCCGACAAGCUGGGGAGCCGGCUGGACUCGGGGCUCGCGUACCGGCAGCAGCUCCUCGACGUCGGCUUCACGAACGUGGUGCAGCGCGUCUACAAGUGGCCCAUGAACACGUGGCCCAAGGACCCCAAGCACAAGGAGCUCGGCGCCUGGUGCCUCGAGAACAUCAUGCAGGGGCUCCAGGCCCUCAGCCUGGCCCUCUUCACCCGCGCCCUCGGCUGGAAGCCCGACGAGCUCGAGCUGUUCCUGGUCGACGUGCGCAAGGACCUGCGCAACAGGAACAUCCACGGGUACUGGAAGAUUGUCGUCACGUACGCUCAGAAGCCCGAGGUUUGAAAAGCGGGCGUUGUGCAUGUUUGGGCGCGACGGCGGUGGUUCUCAGCGAUAGCUUGUAAAUAGCGUGUUUUUUUUUCCUUGGCCUGGCCUCCAUUUGAUCAGCUCAUCCUGCUCAACUGGCAGUGCCCAGGUAAUCAGUAACUAAUUCGCCUCCGGCUAGCUUCCAUGUCGGUCAUGGUAGCGCCUGGAAAUGUCGUAAAUGUCGUGCGCCCAACACCAACGUCCACAC